AUAGAUUCUUGAUUAGUACGGGUGUCGGAGGUUAUGGGGAGAAGGCUAGAGAAUGGGGUUAGGAGGGAGAGAUGGGUCAGCCAUAGACUAGAUGGGCCGAAAGGCCUAAUUCUACGCCUAUUACUUUAAAUUUUAUGAGACCCUUCUUCAGAUUGAGAGCUGCUGGUUUACAUUGCCAGAGACCCGGGUUCGAUCCUGACCUCCGGCGCUGUCAGUAUAGUUUGGACCUUCUUUCUGUGACCACGUGGGUUUUCUCCGGGUGCUCCGGAUUUCUCCUACAUUCCAAAAACGUGCAGGUUCGUAAUUUAAUUGCCUUCUGUGUUGUAUUGGCUCGAGAACUUGUACAGGGAGAACUUGCAAACUCCGUACAGACAGCAUUCGUAUUGGCUAUAUUAAAGUAUUUACUUUUUAUUGAUUAUAUAUUAUCUAUGUGAGGAGGAAUUUCUGUAGGUGGUGAAUCUGUGAAAUUCAUUGCCACAGGCUGAGAUGGAGGCCAAGUCAUUGGGUAUUCAUAAAGCGGAGAUUGAUAGGUUCUUGAUUAGUAAGGUUGUCAACGGUUAUGGGGAGAAGGCAUGAGAAUGGGAUUGAGCGGGAACAACAGAUCAGCCACGAUCGAAUGGUGGAGCAAAUGUUAUGGGAUAAAUGGCGUAAUCUGCUCCUAUGUCUUAUGAUCUUAUUGCAUUUACAGACCUGUUAUGCUGCUGCAAAUAAGAAUUUCAUUGUUCAAUUGACGGUAACUUAUGACAACCCAGACUGUGCAGUGAAACGUGUAACCCGGUCAUGUCAACACGCACCCUGAACAGUUGCAUUGAGUCGCAGAGCGUGGAGACAGGCCCUUCAGCCCACUGCCUCCGUACCAAUGCCAACCUAUACCAAUCCCAUUUCCCAGUGUUCAGCCCGGAGCGUUCCAUGCUAGGAUGUUGUGAGUCUCAUUUUUUUUUUAAACUUCCCGGGUCACUUUUUUCGGGGACCUGGCAGUGAAGUAUGCGACUGAUGUUCCGAGAGGGGCAGGGCAAUGAAAUUGAGACACAAAGAACUACAGGUGCUGGAAUCUUGACCAAAGCACAAACUGCCAGAGGAACUCAGUGGGUCAGGCAACAUCUGUGGAGGGAAUGGAUAGGCGACAUUUCAUAGUCACACAGCAUGGAGACAGUGUUAGGGGUUAUGGGGAGAAGGCAGGAGUUGAGAGAGAUAGACAAACCAGCCACGAUUGAAUGGUGCAGUAGACUAGAUCGGGCCUAAUAGCGUAAUUCUGCUCCUAGAACUUAUGCACUAAUGAACUUUCUACCCAAGUUAGUCACGCUCACCAACAUGCUCCAUCUACUCUAGUGCCACCUGCCUGCGUUCGGCCCAUCUCCCUCUCAAUCUGCCCUACCCUAUCCAUAUACCCAUCUAAACGCGUCUUAAACAUUGCGAUGGUACCUGCCUCAAUUACUUCCUCCGGCAGCUCAUUCCAUGCACCCACCACCUUUGUGUAAAAAAGUUACCCCCCAAGUUCCUAUUAAAUCCACUCACCUUAACAAUUUCGAACUGAGGAAGGGUCCCGACCCCAAAACAUCGUCUGUCCAUUGCCUCCACAGAUGCUGCCCGAGCCGUUGAAUUACUCCAGUUACUCUGUAUUUUGUUUCAAGUAAAGACUUAGUGAAUAUUCCUGCCUCUACCACCCCUCAGUCAGUGAGUUCCAGGACUACGAUAUCUCCUCAUUUCAUCUACUCCACUGCGAUAUCUCAGAGCAUUUGAGAUAGGUGAUGUUUCCGGUUAGGAUCAUUCUUCGUACUGAAAACUGGUUUAAACUGAAAGGGUCUGGACCUGGAACGUCACCUAUCCAUGUUCUCCAGGGGUGCUGCCUGGCCCGCUGAGUUAUUCCAGCAUGUUGUUUCCUUUUGUGCAUUACCUAAAACCUGCAGUUCCUUGUUUCUGCAGGGAUAAUAGAGACAUGGAAUGAUCGGGUGAUCGGUGGUUAGCGUGGACUCGGGUGGGCCAAAGAUUGCAUCACUAAACUAUGGGCCGGCACAAUAGCACAGCGGUAGAGUUGCUGCCUUACAGCGCCCGGGAUCGUUCCUGACUAAGGGCGCUGUCUGUACGGAGUUUGUACAUUCUCCCUGUGACCUCGUGGGUUUUCCCCAGCCGCUCCGGUUUCCUUCCGCGCUCCAAAGACGUACAGGUCUGGAGGUUAAUUAGCCUCUGCAAACUGUCCUGAGUGUAGCCGGCGUGGACUCGGUGGGUUGAUCAGCCUGUUUCCACGUUGUAUCUCUGAACUCAACUAAAACUGUGUGUGUGUGCAGAGCCAGCCGUCUGUGUGUUUAUGGGGUUAAUGGUCAGAAAUAGAAGAUUUAAUUGAUUCCCAUUAACUAGGGUCCCCUCGCUCACACGUUCAGCCAAUUGCCGCUGGCUGUGGCCGUUUUCUCGGCUUGCUUUGUCCAAACACCCAUUGCUAAAGGAAUAGGUAGCGUUGCUAAAGGAGGUGGUCGAGCGGCGCGCUGUAAAUCCAUGAGCACUCGCUGUACCGCACGGAUUCGGCGACAAGGGGCGACCGCUUAUAAACUGAGCGCUGGGGUCAGCUGCUUGUGUUGACGUAAGUAUUCCUCCCUCCCUUUAAAACAACUCGGAUCUGAUCUCUCUUCUCUUACACCUUAAACACAAGGUCCGCUCCGAGCAGCAGCAGCGGCUGGAGCCCGGCUGCGACGUGUUUUACUUAAACCCGGCGCGGUGUAAUUCUAAAUUCAAUGCAACACUCCUGACAAAACCACUUGAGCUCAAACCUCGUCUGCUUCUAUCCUGAACCAGGUUUGGCAAGGAAUUUAUCCUGGACAUCUCGCCGGGUCCGGUGGAGGCGCGGAGCAAGGAGCGACGAUAGAUGGGGGAGGGAGAGCGGUCCCGAGUUGGUACUUAAAGACGGCUGCUCGCCACCGCAUUUUUUUUUUAAAACGCCAACCCCUUUGUCCCACGUUCAGGACUUGGUGGGACACCAUGGCUUUGUCCAACCACACGCCGUGGGGCAACUGGACGGGAUCCGCGGACUUGUCCCCGAAGCCGGCAUCGAUAUUCAGCAUCAUUGUCCUGACUUUGUUGGCGAUCCUGGUCCUGGCUACCUUCCUGUGGAACGUCCUGGUCCUGGUGACCAUCCUGCGGGUGAGGACCUUUCACCGGGUGCCCCACAACCUAGUGGCCUCCAUGGCCAUUUCGGACGUGAUGGUGGCCGCCCUGGUCAUGCCGCUGAGCUUGGUCCAUGAGUUGGACGGACGGCGCUGGAGACUGGGCAAGGUCCUGUGUCAGGUGUGGAUCUCCUUCGAUGUCCUGUGUUGCACUGCCAGCAUAUGGAACGUGACUGCCAUCGCCCUGGACCGGUACUGGUCCAUCACCCGGCACUUGGAGUACACAUUGAAAACCAGGAAAAAGAUCUCCAACAUCAUGAUCAUCCUGACUUGGGUCCUCUCCUCGGUCAUCUCCCUCUCGCCGCUCUUCGGCUGGGGCAAGACCUACUCCGAGCAGGAAGAACAAUGCCAAGUCAGCCAGGAGCCUUCCUACACUAUCUUCUCCACCUUCGGGGCGUUCUACCUGCCUCUCUGCGUAGUCCUCUUCGUCUACUGGAAAAUAUACAAGGCAGCCAAAUUCCGGAUCGGUUCCCGCCGCACCAACACGAUCACCCCGAUGCCUGAGGUUGUAGAGGUGAAAGAGGCUUCCCACCAACCGGAGAUGGUCUUCACCGUUCGCCAUGCCACCGUCACCUUCCAGACGGACGGUGACACCUGGCGGGAGCAGAAGGAGAAGAAGGCCGCUCUGAUGGUCGGCAUUCUCAUCGGGGUCUUUGUGCUGUGCUGGAUCCCAUUCUUCAUCACUGAACUCAUCAACCCUCUCUGCUCCUGCGACAUCCCUCCCAUUUGGAAGAGCAUCUUUCUCUGGCUUGGAUACUCCAAUUCUUUCUUCAACCCGUUGAUAUACACCGCCUUCAACAAGAACUACAACAACGCCUUUAGAAACCUCUUCUCGAGACAGCGGUGAGGUGCUGCUCCGCACUCUCUCACCUAUGCAUUCAACGCACAAAGGGAAUGGGUUGAAUAGUGGGGAUGCCUUGGAGAUGGCAAUCUUUCAGUGUGACAUAACCAACCCUGAGACAUAAAGCUGGACUGUAUAUAUAUAUAUAUAUAUAUACAUAUACAUAUAUAUAUCUCAGCAUCCUUCUUACCCAUUCUGACUCAAAACACUCUCACCAUAUCUUGUGGAGCUACGCUGCUAUUUAUGGUAAAACCCAUUUGCGACCUCUGACUUUGUCAAAUGUCUUUUGUCGUUAAGUGUAUAUAUAAGCAUUUCAUUUGCACAUCUCUGAAUAUAAUGCAUCCAAUGCGUUUUUAGGACAGCAUGUCUACUUGCACCAGAGCUGAGAGAAUGCAACUUUAGAAAUGGUUUCUGAUAAUGACGGCCUAAUAUUGUGCUGAUGAGUCUAUUUUAUAUUGAAUUCUCAAAUCAUGAAGAGCACUGACUUUAUUGUUCCUCAUCUAAGGGGACUGGAAAUCUUAUGGGGCUUCCCUUGGUUAGAGGACGGUUCUUUGUGUGAUCUUCAGCCAGCAGAGCGUGUAAUCCAUGUUGGCAACAUGCUGAGCUUCCCAGCAACUCCAAAGCCAGAUUUCUGCCAAUUCGAUUUGUUCACCGUGAUAUAUAAAAAAAACACAUUUGAACAUGGAUGCAGGAAUAUUUUGUUGCUGUUCCAGAUUUAGCUGCAUCUCAAGUCUAGCUAUUUGUGCUACCAACCGUACAGGUGUGACCAACUUUGAUACUGGAACUUGGGAGGUUUGCUGAGAGUGUGAUGGAUUCCAUUCUCAAUUCCUCGGAGGUUGACAGUGUGGGUAAUUGAUCACGUGUAUCCUAUCCAAAUCCAAUCGGUAUAAUUUCUGCCCCACCAUGGUGUCGUUUAACUUAGAGUAACUGGUGAUUAAUUGUAUAUUUUCUACUGCUGUUGUUGUGUUGAAUGUGCCUGAGGUUGAGCUGCAGAAGGUACGAAUUUCAUUGUUCUGGUUCAAAUCAGCGUAUAUUGCAAAUAAACUCUCUUGACAUACCAAUCUACCUUGAAGCAUCCACAUAUGAUGUAAUGUAUCAGCAAUGGUUUCAUCAUUGGCCAUUCUCUCACAAUAGCA